AUGUCACUGCUCCCUCCUCAGGGUGACGCAAUGUCUUUGGAUGCUCUAAACGCUCUUGAUGACCUGUUGCCAAAAGAUGAACCGAAACCUGAACUCCCCAAACUCAAGCCUGAGGACAUCGUCACGGAGGACAAACACAAGAAAGAGAAGGGUGUGCUUGUAGGAGAGAGGGAGGACACGAUUCCUCCAGAGUACAGGUUUGAUAAGGACAAACUAGAAAAACUUCCUGCUCCUAAACCAGAGCCCACCAUGGGCACUAAUGAUGCUUUGGACAUUUUGUCUGGAGACUUCCUGACCUCCUCUUCAGCUCCUGCGGUCCAGGCUCCUGUUGUUACCCCCUCUGCUCCUCCU